ACAUGGCCUAACCCAAUGAAACCAAUCCCCCAUCAGCAUUUCUUCAACCUACACAAAACCCACAAUCCCAAAUCUCUCAACUCUCUCUCUCUCUUUCUCUCUCUCUCUCUCUCUCUCUCUCUGUGUACAUUCUUCACUACCAUGCCUCGUCUGACCGCUUUGGCACUGAUUUUCUUAGUGACAAUGGCCUCAUCUGUGUCAACUCUAGAAAGCAGAAAGCUUUUGGAUGUAAAGGACGAUGCCGAGAAUCAAAAGAAAGUGGCUUCUCUGUUUCUAAGUGCCCUUCCGAAGGGCAAGGUGCCAGCUUCUACCCCAAGCAAGAAGGGUCAAGCCGUCGUCGUCAACGAAAAGCUCAUUGCCCGCCAUCUUAGCGUCGUAAAAGAUCGGAUCCUGGCGCAGUCUGUUCCCAGCCCCGGCGUCGGUCAUUGAUUUGUACCAGUUAUACAUUCAUAACUAUUCGUUUCGUAUAUUUUUUUCAUUAGUUUUCAAAUCUCUAUAGAAUCACUACAAUUUUGAAGCUUGAUUAGGUAUAAAAUUGAAAGAGUUGAAGAGAAAAUGUAUAGACAGUGCAGAUGUUAUUUAUUUCAUUUUCUUUAAUUUGUUUGGAUUCAUUUUUAUAA